AUGGCCGCCCCUCCUGAUCUCAACGCCAUUCUGGCAGCGCUUGCUGCCGGACGUCCGUCGACUACCCCCUCCCAGACGCCCCAGCAGCCUCCACAGGCGCAACAUCCCCCUCCCCAAGGACUCCCGCCAGGCUUCCCCGGCGCAAUGCCUACUGCCACUCCGCCCGCUAUGCCCGGAUACAACUUCCCCCCACCUACCCACACUGGCAGUCUUGACCUUAGCGCUAUCAAGCCCGUGAGCUCUGGCUCAGUCAGCAUCCAGGAUGCGCUGGCAAAGGCACGCGGCUUUGCGGCCCAAAAGGGCCUUGCACACGAACAAGCGCGUCCAGGUAUUGCUGAGCCUUGGUCUGGUUAUGGUGUCCCAGCGCAAACUUACACAGCUCCAGCUUAUCAAGAAGACCCGCGAUUAAGCGGACGCCAGCCCUACCGACGUUCGCGGUCGCGUUCGCGUUCUCCCGCGCGCCGCGAACCCGUGCGUGAAAGCUACAAUCCAUACCGCGAUGAGCGCCGUGAUGAACGUCGGGGUGCCUAUGGACGUGAACGUGAUCGCUCUCCUCCUAGGCGUGACACCUUCUCUCCUUCGCAGCAGUACGGGCAAGCGCGUUCGCCCCCUGCUAAUGACAACUCUGAGGUGAUUCUCAUUGACUCUUCUUUGGUUGGCCUGGUCAUAGGGCGUCAAGGUGAGAGUCUCCGCCGCAUUGAACAAGAAUCACAGACGCGCAUUCAAUUUAUCAACGGCCCCGAGUCUGGACCUCAACGCGAAUGUCGUAUCACCGGUAGCCCGGGUGCUCGUAUCAGUGCUAAACGCGAGAUCAACCGUAUCAUCGAAGAGAAUGGCGGCAAUCCCGCUCGUGAGACUGGCCGCAAUGCACGAGCUGCUGCUACCAAGAUGGUUGGUCAGCAACAGCCCGCCCUUAGAGAGGGUGAACAAUCUUCGCAAAUCAUGGUGCCUGAUCGUACUGUUGGUCUCAUCAUCGGUCGUGGUGGUGAGACUAUCCGUGAUCUACAAGAGCGCAGUGGCUGCCACGUCAACAUUGUUGGUGAAAACAAGAGCGUGAAUGGUCUGCGACCUGUGAACCUCAUCGGAAGUCCUACUGCUGCUGCCCAUGCCAAGGAACUCAUCAUGGAGAUUGUCGACAGUGACACUAAGCAAAUGGAAGGCGGCGGCGCCGCACAAUCAGCGCCACAACAACAAUUCAACAAUAGACGUGACAAUUUCGAUCCACACGGUGGAGGUGCUGCUGGCGGUGCCGGAGCCGGCAAAAUCAACGACAGUAUCCAGGUUCCCUCUGAUGCUGUUGGCAUAAUUAUUGGCAAAGGCGGUGAAACCAUCAAAUCAAUGCAGUCUGAUACUGGUUGCAAGAUUAACGUGUCUCAAGCUUCCGGCGCUGACAUUGAGCGCGAGAUUGGCCUUGUCGGAACCCGUCAAGCCAUCGAGGAUGCCAAGCGAGCUAUCUGGGAGAAGGUGGAUCAAGUGCGAGAGAAGAACAAUUCACGACGACGUGACAAUGGAAACAACGACAACGGAUACUCACAUCAGCAGACACCUUCAUAUGGACAAACCGCCGCACCCGCACAGCAGCCUCAGGCGGCUGCACCCGCUGCUGACCCAUACGCUGUCUAUGGCGGCUACCAGAAUUACCUUGCAAUGUGGUAUGCGUCCAUCGCACAGCAACAACAGGGUGGUCAAGGAGCUCAAGGACCUCCAGGCGCAUAA